AUGAGCUUGAAUCAACAUUAUUUGAACAUUGUUCAUUCUCCUCAGCAAGUCAGGAAUCACCUCCACAGCUCUAUGGCACAUCGGAUCGUCCACCCACCCAAGAAAUGGACAACUUCGAUCAUUUCGAGCACAAGACCAGAAUCAAAUUCCUGGGUUGAGGUCCGUCCAAGAUGUGACUCUCACAACAACACUUCCACACUAACCCACAACUUAAAGACUUAUAAGAAUAAACAUGAUUAUUAUCAAACAUCAAAUGUCGAGAACUAUCUAUUGACUUUGAAAAGUCAAAUGUCAACAAAAGUUUACAUAAAUAGGAAACAACUUCGCACAUCUCCGGCAAAUAUCGCAUACAAUUCAUCAGCAGGAUUUACUUCUCCGGCGAUGUUGAUGUCUGAUCGGAUGUUGCUCAAGGUCAUUGUGCUUGGUGAUAGUGGGGUUGGGAAGACAUCUUUGAUGAAUCGAUACGUUUAUAACAGGUUCAACAAACAGUACAAGUCGACAAUUGGUGCUGAUUUUGUGACGAAAGAGUUGCAUAUUGACGAGAAGCUCGUCACGUUGCAAAUUUGGGACACAGCUGGUCAAGAAAGGUUUCAUAGCCUUGGAGUUGCAUUUUAUAGAGGAGCUGAUUGUUGUGUUCUUGUUUACGAUGUCAACAUUCAGAAAACCUUUGAAACCCUUCAAACUUGGCAUGAAGAGUUUCUAAAACAGGCUGAUCCAACUAACCCCGAAAGAUUCCCGUUCGUGUUGCUUGGGAACAAAGUAGACACCGACGGUGGUAGCAGUCGAGCCGUUUCUGAGAAGACAGCAAGAGAGUGGUGUGCCAUGAACGGAAACAUACCUUACUUUGAGACAUCGGCAAAAGAGAAUUACAACGUGGAUGAUGCAUUCCUCUGUGUGGCAAAAACAGCUCUUGCAAGUGAACAUGAACACCCUGAUGUGAAUGAAAUGUAUUUUGAAAGGAUCCCAACGACAAUUUCUGAAACCGAGCAAGAAAGAAGUUGUGCCUGCUAAUCUCUCCUAAUUUCUACGCUCAUUUAUUCACGUAGAUUUUGCUUGUUUUGUUGUCAUUUUGUGCGGAUAUAUAGUAAAGGGGUAGGAAUUUCAUCUUGCUAUAUAUGAUUCUUUAGAUCCUUGAAAAAGAGAGGUCCCACAAUCACCACAAGAGAUUAGUUAACUUAAUCUAAUUAAGUGUGAUUCUAUUACUCUUUUUGGUCAUGUUUUUAAAAUAAUUUAAAAUAAAUAUUUAUCUUGAUACAUGUCAAUAACAUUUCUCUAAUUUGAUAAUAUUGAAAAAAUAUUUCUAGCUUAUAUUUAAUAUAUAGUUAAAUAUUAACUUGGGACAUAUUCAAUGUAUUGUAUUACUAAGGAAUAGACACUUGGGAACAUGGAUCGUGAGGAUAUUAUCUUGAAAAUAUGUCUAUCACUUAGCAAACAUAAACAUUUUCUCCAUAUAAACCAACAUAUUUUAUUUAUUUAUGUGUAAGG